GGACGGAUAAUGCUCCACUGCAGCAAACCACCCAGAAAUGCUCAAUCGAUAAAAGCACCCAAAAAAACCAGCGGGGAGGAAGAACACAAAAAAAAACAUUUGAAUGGAUUCAUCAAAAUCCUCAUUCCACAAACCCGCAUAGGUGUACUCCAGAACCUCGAGCUGGUAGGGGGUUUUCAUCACCCGCUUCACCGGCUUCUCCCCCGACCCUGAGGUCCCCGCGCUCGACCCAGGCGCAGAAGCCGCCACUGGCGCCGGAGGCACGGUCGUGGCAUCGGCGGGGCCCUUCGGCGGCGCCUUCCCGGCACCGUCCCCGUCCCUGCCGGCGUCCAUGGCGGCGAUCGACGGCCUGGAAACCUAGAUCCGAGCACCUUCUGCAAAGCAAGGCGCAUAAACUUCACAACUUUUGUCGCCCCACCUCGUAGCGCCUGCCCGCACCAAAUGCCUCGCAGUCCAGUCGAUAUUGUACCCCGCGUCGCGGAGCGAGGAAAAAGAAGGCGAAUCGAUGUGUGGCCGGAUCUCCGUGGCGAAGAAUACCAGCACCGAUGACCGAACCGGGAGGAGGAAAGGAACACUGACACAAACAAUAACUUGAACACCACGAACACCGCCGCGACGGAUGGGUGGGUAAAAGGCGACGAAGAAGAAGAGGGCAAGGAUAGGGAUGUGGAGGAGAGAUUGGGGAAGCCGCAAGCCAGGAACAGCAACGGGAAGGGCAACUGCUCGAACUGGGACGAUUAUUACCCACGCGCUGCGGCGCUGGGGAUUGGGUUUGGAUCGCUGCUGCCAUUGUGUGCAGCUAAUAAAAACCAAACCCCGCCUUCCCUUUUCGCUCAGGCUUUGUAUUUCUUUUGUUUUCUUCCGUGGCAGAGUGGAGUGUGUUUUGUGUUUGUGCGGCGGCAGCUGCUGCUGAGCAGCGAGGAAAAGAAAUUAAAUGGAAUAUUUGGAUAGAUGGAGAGAGAUGGAUGGGAUGGAAUAAUUAGCAGCGUAGCUGGUGCUCAGAUUUCUUGGGUUUGAUCUUUGCGGACUUGCGGAGUGGUGGUGGGCUUUUUGUGCUUUUGAUUGACUAGCUGCGUUCCGGUGCUGGGGCGGAUGGAUUUGGACUUUUCGUGGUGCCCGCGGAUGCGUUCAUAGGACUGUUCCUCCUGUACGAGGGAGAAGCCAUUGGACGAAGCGCGCUUGAACUUGUUCGGAUCCUCUGCGGCGUGAACUUCGCGAGACAUCCUGUUCGGGAAGGAGGGAACCGCACACUCCAGCCUCUAAAGCCUCCUAAAGCCUGUGGGCACGCGGCUGGUGGCGUAGGCGUGCGAUCCUCAUCACUUCCUCAGAACGGAGACCCUGCUGUCCUGGAACCCCGCUGUUGAGGUCUGGGCUCAGACCAUUCCAGCCCACGCAUCCUCCUCGGCAUUCCGUCGAACACCUCUCUUACCACCGCCCCCAUGCCGCCGGCCAACUCCACGCCGCCCAAAUGGCCGAAGACCCUCACCGCAGACCACCUCCACCGCCUGGUUCGGGCCGAACGGGACCCUCGCCGCGCCCUUGCGAUCUUCGACGGUGCCACCGCCGCCGCUUCCACUUCGGCGCCAGACCCCAUCACCCCGUCUCUGGCCACCGUCUCUCUCCUUACCUCUCGCCUCGCCUCCGCCGGCCACCUCCCCCUCGCCACCUCCCUCCUCUCCCGCUCACGCGGGGUCUUCCCCUCCGUUGCCGCUCUCGAGCCUCCCUUCCUCGGCCUCCUCCGCGCCUUCUCCCGCACGCACCGCCCGCUCGCCGCUCUCCACCUCUUCCGCUCCGCCCCCUCCGACCUCGCGCUCCCCCACUCUGCUCGCUCCUACAACGCCGUCCUCGCCGCUCUCGUCGCGCACUCGCACCUCCCCCUGGCCCGCUCCCUACUCGCCGACAUGCGCGCCGCCGGAUUCGCCCCCACCGCUGCCACGUACAACGUCCUCCUCAAGGCCCACUGCUCCGACGCCGCCGCUCACAUCGAAGAUGCUCUCCGUCUUUUCCGGAACAUCCCCAAACCCGAUGUAUGCUCCUACAACACCAUCAUCGACGGGCUCUGCCGCCGCGGCCGCCUGGCGGAGGCCCUCGACAUGUUCUCUGAGAUGGUUGGGAAAUGCAUUGCACCUACCGUCGUUACUUACACCACUGUUAUCCAUUGGCUUGCAAGGGAGGGCUGCUUUGAUGAUGCCUUAAAGAUAUUUCAUGAAAUGGGGAGGAGAGGGGUCUCGCCUAAUCUGGUCACUUAUAGUUCACUGAUUGAUGGACUGUGCAAGGGUGGACGUGCCACAUCGGCAUUAGAAUUGCUGGAUAGAAUGAUCAAGGAGAAGAAACUGCCAAAUAUGAUCACAUAUAGCUCGGUGAUUGAUGGACUCUGUAAGGAGCACAUGCUGAGUGAGGCAAUGGAGAUCUUGGACCGGAUGCGACUACAGGGGAGGAAGCCUGAUGCUGGGUUGUUUGGGAAGCUAAUUGUUGGGCUAUGUGAUGCAGGAAGGGCUGUGGAAGCUGCAAAUUACCUGGAUGAGAUGGUUCUUGCCGGUAUUGAACCAAACCGGGUGACUUGGAGCUUGCAUGCCAGGAUAAACAAUACCGUGCUGACAGCAUUAUGUGAUAAGGGUGAACUUGGCAGGGCUUUUCAGGUCUACCAGAGCACAAGGACUCGUAGUAUUUCUACCGACCCAACCACUUUCCAUCUUCUUGUUGAGAGCUUCUCCAAAAAUAACAUAGAGAAAGCUGCCCGUGUUGUGCUUGACAUGCUGUCGGAGAGAUGCAUCCCUGAGAGGGAGACAUGGGAUGUUAUUAUCAGUGGGUACUGGAGUAAGAAAAAGGUGAGGCAAGAAGCCAAGGAAAUCUGGGACCAUAUAACAGUUAGUUGAUUUUAGAAUUUGGCUCUAUGUUGUGUUAUUACCUGGCGUCGCCUAGCGCGGGAGCUUACUCGUCAGCAGGAACCAGGGCGGACAAAAAAUUGAAGACACUAUUAUUGUGAAGAGAGUGUGGAGCCAAUGCUGUGACGAGUGGUAGGGAAGCUAACAAACAGCAUGCUUCCAAUGAUUCCAAUUCCUACUGGCAAUGCUGUGAGUAGUUGCUUUGUAUCCUCGGAUGGUGUUGGAUAGAAGCAAGACACCACGUGUUGGUCAAACAGUGCGAUUGCUACAAAAAUCAUAGCUGAAACAAUGGCAUGCACAAAGUCUAGAAACCGCAUCCUGAAUCCUGCUGCCCCAAGUGGAUCAAGAGGAGCCCCACCAUCAAUGACCCACAAUCCCCUGGGUGUGGCGAACCCAAAUCGGACCUUCCCUUCCUCAUCCCUGAAACUGUCUGUGAAGCUGAGAACGCAGCAGGACAACGCACAGAGCACCACAAGGCCUCCUGUCAUCAUCCGGUUCAUGUCACUGCAGUGGCCUUGCUUUGCCAGGGUGGGAGCCAGGAUCUGGAAAGAAAGGACAGUGCCAGAAGGAAGGAGUUUGGCGAGGUGGGCAGUGCUCUGGUAUGUUUGGCCUAUUGCCUUUUGCAUGGGGCUCAUGUUGUUGUUUCCAUCAGCUCUGUUCGUCAAGAGAGGACGUCUCUCGUUGUGCUGCAACUCAGCGUCGAGGUGUGUAGCAACCAUUGUUGCUGGCCUCAUUGGUUUUUUUCACCCUAACAAAGUUCACGAGUCGGGGAUUUAAGCAGAAGAUGGGUGUUUCUGCCGAUGGAAGGGGAGGGAUCUGAAGGGGGGUAAGCUGUAGUCGUUUGCUGUUUACUGCCAUUUUAGAUGCCCCGUCAAUAAAAAUAGGAUCAAAACUGACACAAGCUGGGAGUUACAUUUUUAGGUUUUUGGCGAGACAAACAUGUGAGAGUUUUGGUGUUGCAGUUUCUCUUUUGCGUUCCAGCUGUUUUAAUGCACGUUCGGGUAACAGCGGGAACACUAACUAGUAGUGCUUAUGUAAACCGUACGGUUACAGUGUAGCCGUCGGAAAAUUCAUAAUUGUGGCCUGUGGCUUUAUUUUUCUUCUAUGGGGAUAAUUGGACAUGCCAAGAACCAGGAGAUGGCUUGCUA